CAAAAUAAUCAAAUUAUAUAAUGGUUCAAAAAUUCAAUUUUGAAUUACCUUCCUUGAUAUUGAUAUUAGGAGCUACACGUGGGUUAGGAAAAUCAAUAUUUGAUCAUAUAUAUCCUAUACUAAAAUACAAAAGUAACAUAUUUAUAUUAACUGGAAGAGACGUUGAUAAAUUAUCAAAGGAUGUUAAAAGCUCAUUAAUUUUAGAACCAAAUGCAAGUCAGAUAAAGGAAAAUAUGAUUAACUUUAUCAAAUUUGAUCUUGAUCAACCAUAUAGUUAUAUUGUGGAUAAAAUUGGGGAAAUUUCCACUAUUAUGUCUAAAUCUAAUUUACAUAUCGAACAAUUUUUAAUUAUCUAUAAUGCUGCUACAUUAGGUUCUGUGUCAAAAAAAGCAGAUCAGUUUUUAUCUGAACAAGAUGACCAAUUAUUAGAAUCUUAUUUUCGGACAAAUAUGACAUCAACUAUACUAUUUCAUUCUCUUUUAAUGAAAACUAUCAAUAAUUAUAAGUGCAUUCAUCCUAACACAAAUCCUAUGCUUCAAGUUUUUGUUGUUAAUAUAUCAUCACUAAUGAGUACAACUCCUAUGCAAGGAUUUUCAUUGUAUUGUGCAGGGAAGGCAGCACGGGAAUUAUAUUUUAAGGUUUUUGCUCAAGAAAAUGAACAAACCUUUGAAAAAGGUGAUGUAAUAGAUAAACACGUAUUUGUCCAUGUAUUAAAUUAUGCACCUGGUCCUUUGGAUACAGAUAUGAUGCAUGAUAUAUGUCUCAACCAUUAUAAUGAAUCUGUUAAAAAAUAUUUUAUAGACUUAAAAAAUUCACAUAAAUUAGUUCCCAUCGAUAAAAGUUGUGAAAAACUGAUUAAAUUAUUAAAAGAUGGCAAUUAUAAAUCAGGAGAUCAUGUUGAUUUUUAUGAUUGAUUUUUAUUAUUAUUUUAUUAAAGUUGAUUCUUAUAAUAACAAAAUAUGAUUUUCAUUAUCUAAUUCAUAAGGUAAAUUUUUUUUAAGAGAAAUAUAUCAUUUGUAGAAGUGAAUGGUUAAAAAAUUGAAAAAUUUAGGCAUUUUUUUGUAUUAUAUGUGAUAAUCCUAAUUUUGAUGCAUUAAUAUUGGAAUAUAAUCGAUGAUUGUUAUAUUUUAUUUUAUAAAUAUGAUCCAUUCCUUGUUUACAAAUUUAUUUUAAGGUAAAUUUUAUUUAAAUUACAAAUAUA